AUGGUGACGUUGAACGAUACGAUUUUUCGCCAAUUACUCGAGAAAGCGGGGAAGAAGUUACCGCGAAUGGAGAGCGUCGUUAGCAUCAUACCUCCGUACAAAUGUAUCCACAAGCAUCUACAGCGGAUGAGCGUAUUCCAAGAGAAAACGAAGAAAAUGUUAUGCAAAGAGCAACUGGAGCUGGAAAUAAUGAACAGCAAAAUGUCGUGCAUCGAGAAGCUAUUGAAGCCCGAGGAAGAGUCCAAGUGGCGUCGUAGUAGAUCACCAAGGGUGUACCAUCGUCCUAUCGUGGAAGCGUCAAAGUAGCAAGUAAUAAGAUACAGAAAAGAAAGAACGAUUUGAUACGUGUAUAAAAUCUGACAAAAUUUUAUUCGCAAUUUUCUAAUUGACGUUCUCAUUAACAAUAUAUAAUUGAUAUAAACAUAACGAUUGUUGUCUGCCGUUUAAAACACGCGGCAUAAAUUUUGUGGCACAGUGAACCGGAAAUACACACUCGUUACAUAUCCUCGUUGACUCUAGGCAUUGACUUGAUCCUUUGUGAUUUGCUAAAUGUCCGAAAAUUAUAUAGGAAUUAUUAAGCCCGUUUCCUGUAUUUAUGAGUGCAGAGCAC